AAUUCCUUUGUAUUCUUUUAACAUUAAAUAUUGAUGGCUUUUCUUUGCAUUGAUUUUUUUAAAAAAAUCAAAGUGAAUUUGGAAACACCAAUCCAGUGGCACUGCGACGGUAGUGAAAAAGGAAGUUAUUGCCCAUAAAAUAACCCCUCCGUCUCUGGCGCUCACUUAUUUCAACUUCUCUCCCCCUCUCGACUUUCGUGCUCCCAUUCUCUCUCUCUCUCUCUCUCAACCAACACUAACAACGUGAACUGAAAAAACAAUUCACUCACUCCGCGACCACCUCAUCCUCAUUCACUCUACUCCUACCUGCAUUCGAGCGCUCUCUCCGCCGGAAAUGAUGGUACUGAGGCACGGCGGAGGAGGGAGCGGCGGCGGAUUUCUGGCUGGCAAGCAAGUUGUUCCGCUAAACUACGAAGCUGAGGUCUCGCAGCGCCUUCUAGAUUCCGCGCUUUGCAAUGAUCUCAAAUCGGCUCAUGAAUGCCUCGCCGAUCCCUUCGUUGACGUCAACUACGUCGGUGCCGUUUGCUUGAAGAUUCGGAAGACCGGCGUCGUUUUGCGGGAGGAAUCGCAAGGCGAAGUGCGCGUCUGUUACGAGGAAUUCCGAACUGAUGCUACGGCCUUGUUUGUUGCUGUUACUAAUGGAAACUUGGCCUUAGUCAGGAGAUUACUGAGUGUUGGAGCCGAUGUGAACCUACACUUGUUUAGAGGCUACGCAACGGCAGCAGCUGCUAGAGAGGGCCAUUACGAAAUCCUUGAGAUCCUUCUCAAAGCUGGGGCAUCUCAACCAGCUUGUGAGGAAGCACUUUUGGAGGUUAGUAGCCAUGGACACUCUCAGUUAGUGGAGCUACUAAUGGCAUCUGACCUUAUCAGGCCGCACGUUGCUGUUCAUGCCCUCGUUACUGCUUGCUGUAGAGGCUUUGUUGAGGUGGUUGAUACUCUCAUCAAGUGUGGAGUAGAUGCCAAUGCAACUGAUCGUGUUUUGCUUCAAUCUUGUAAGCCUUCUCUGCAUGCAAAUGCCGAUUGUACUGCACUUGUGGCUGCCGUAGUUAGUAGGCAGAUAUCUGUGGUCCGGCUACUACUGAAGGCUGGUGUUAGAACUGAUGUCAAAGUGCAUCUUGGAGCAUGGUCAUGGGAUUUGGCUUCUGGUGAGGAAUUUCGGGUUGGUGCAGGACUCGCUGAGCCUUAUCCAAUCACUUGGUGCGCUGUCGAAUAUUUUGAAGCAACCGGUUCUAUACUGAAGAUGCUCCUUCAGUGCAUCUCCCCUGAUACUCCUCAUUUUGGAAGAACUCUUCUCCACCACGCCAUUCUAUGCGACAAUGAAGAGGCUGUGAACGUACUUGUAAAAUGUGGUACAUGCUUAGAGACAUCGGUCAUGACCACACAACAUCGUCCCAUACAUAUGGCUGCUCGUCUUGGAUUUUCAACAAUUCUUCCUACUUUGAUUGAUUCGGGCAGUGAUGUGAACUCCAGAACAGUGUCUGGUGAGACAGCGGUAAUGAUCUGUGUGAGGUAUAAGCAGGAAGAAUGCCUCCAAGCAUUGGCAAAGGCAGGUGCUGACCUUGGCUUGGUUAACUCGGCUGGGCAAUCAGCAGCUUCCAUCGCUCGUUCAAACCGAUGGUAUGCCAAUUUCCAACAAGUAUUGCUGAAUGUAAUACGCAGCGGAACUAUGCCGACAUCCACCAACAAGUCUGCUUUCUCGCCCUUGUUAUUCGUGGCUGGAUCUGGUGAUGUUGUUAGCUUGAAAGCUGUGAUGGGAGAAGCAGAUAUCGAGCUAGAUGAGCAGGACGACAGAGGCUUCUCCGCAGUCAUGAUUGCUGCAGCGGAGGGCCACGUUGAUGCCUUCCGUUUACUCGUAUAUGCUGGAGCUGAUGUGAAGCUAUGCAAUAAAUCCGGUGAGACUGCCAUCACACUCUCCAAGCUCAGCAAGAAGAGUGAUCUAUUCGAGAAGGUGAUGCUCGAGUUCGCUCUGGAGAAGGGAAACCGCAUAGCUGGAGGAUUCUACGCCCUGCACUACGCUGCCCGACGAGGAGACUUGGAAGCAGUCAAGCUUUUAGCAAGCAAAGGGUACGACGUGAAUGCCGCCGAUGGGGAAGGCUACACACCACUCAUGCUGGCAGCAAGGGAAGGCAAUGGCAAAAUGUGCCAACUACUCAUCUCUUCAGGAGCAGAUUUCGGCAUGGUAAACGCCAAGGGCGAAACUGCGCUAUCAAUAGCUAGAAAACACCGAGGGAAGGAGGCUGAGGACGUGAUACUGGACGCGCUUGCAUGCAAGGUGGUGACAGAUGGCUCCCAGCUGCAAAAACACACCAAGGGAGGCAAGGGAGCGCCACACACGAAGCUCGUUACUAUGGUACGAGCAAAUGGAGUCCUACGGUGGGGGAAGUCGAGCUGCAGGAAUGUGAUCUGCCUGGAGGCGGAAGUAGGGCCGAGCUUGAGCUUCCAGCGGAAUAGGCGGAGGAAGGGUGAUGGUGAUGAAGCGGGGAUUUUUCGGAUUAGGACUAGGAAAAAUAAGGAGGUGCAUUUUGUGUGUGAAGGAGGGAUGGAGGUGGCGGAGCUGUGGGUGCGUGGGAUUAGGCUGCUCACCGGAGAAGUUAUUUUUGGCAAGUAGGAAUUCAUUGGCUUAGUGUACAGUUAUGUUAGCAAUGAUCACUAGUACUUCAUCUCGAAGUAUUUGGAACUGGGAAUCUAUUUCUCUUACAUUCUGCACUUGUAAAUUCAUUUUUUUAUGUCAAUUCAGUUAUUCUACUUGUUAACA